CAUUAAUCCUGCUGCUACAUCCCCUCAAUAAGAGCCAGAUGUUUUUAGUACGUCCUCAUAUUUAUUAUUUUAGCCCUGAAAGAGUCAUUACAGCCUGGAGAGAUUCCACAUGAUGUCACUGUGAUGAAUAUUCUGCAGUCCAUGAAUGUCUAAACAGAUAUUUGCAAACUCUCUUUCGACGUUGCAUAAUAGAGAAGUACGUGCUUGAAUUGACCAUGAGUUACUAGUUAUGUUGCUCAGCAGCACAGAGUGCGAAGAUGUUUUGCAUCCCUUUUAAACGACGGAAGAAAAAACGUCAAAAGGAUGUAUGUCAAGAUGAUAAAAUCUCUUCUCUGCAGAAUAGCUUGCAGAAAAAUGCACCAUUUCCCAAAACCUCCUGGUGGCUCUGUGUUGCUUGUAAGAAGAAAAAAAAGAACCAUUUCAGACAAGAUGUUGUCGAGUUUUCAAUUUCUUCAGCCUCAGAGAGAAAAAAGAGCUUCAGCACAAACUCACAGGAUGCAGAAGUUAGUUUUGGGGCAUAUUCUUCUGACAGUCCUGUAUCCACUUAUAAUGAGGAAGAGACUCCAGGUUCAGUCCAAUCAGUCUUCACCAAAAAAAUAACAAAAUCCACCAAGAAACUGGAAAGUAGUGAAGAUGAGGAUCUGGAUAGUUCUUCUGCAAAUUACACAGAAAGAGGCAUCCGCACUGCAAUACCAAAAAAACAAGACAAAACCAGGGAAGUACCAAAACGUGACUUUGGGAGAAAAACACAUCCUUCUGGAUCUUCAAGAGAAGCUGAGAAUGACACAGAGAGAGUCUCUUCAGAUGAGAGUGUAGAAGUGAAAUGUCCUGUGCCUUCCCCUACAUCCGGCACAGAUGUCUCACUUACUGAGGUUAAUGAAAUUCAGCCACAAGUCUCACCUGAGUUCAAGAUUUUUACCCCUGACAACCUGAAUCUAUAUUUAGGGAUCAGAGAAACUGUACCAAAUGAGGAUUUAGACUGCUUUGGGUUACCCAACUUGGGACUGACGUGCUACAUUAACUCCAUCCUACAAAGCCUUCUCACCCUAACAUGCUUCAUUCAAGAGCUCCACAACCAGCUUCCUGUGUGGAGUUCUCACCCCCAAUCCAAGCUCUUCAGAGCAAUUCUGGAUAUUGAAGUCUGCUGCUUCUCCAACAUGAAAGAGGAGAAAAAAGCGGUUCUGUCCUUCUUUAAAAAGACCGUCGCUGAGUUUAAUUCAAGUUUUGAUGAUGACGGACAGAAAGAUGCCUCUGAGUUCCUCAUCAGUGUUCUGGACAUAAUGAGGUCCCUGUCACAAGAAAUGCAUCUGAGAGCGUCAAACUUGGGCUUGACCUACAAAUGCCCCGUCGCUGAACACAUUGCACUGCAGAUGAUGAGCACCAGAACAUGCAUGGGAUGCGGUGAUCAGUCUCACACAGUGGAAGACUUUGUCACCCUCAGUCUGGAUCUGGUCCCACGGGGAUCAGUGAACCAGUGUCUACAGGAGUACCUCAGGGAGGGCCAUUUAGAACACAUGUGCCAUUGUGGAGUGAAGGACUCAUCAGUGCAGAGCUCAUUCCUCACUCUUCCAAACGUGCUGAUCCUGCACCUGAAGCGCUUUAAAUUCACCAGGUCAAAUGCAGUGAAGAAGAUAAAAAAGCACAUCAUUCUGUCGAGAGAACUUGUGGUGAGAGAAGAAUUCACAGCCACAAAAAACAGAGCGACUUAUUAUUUUUUGGUGAGCAUCGUCAGCCAUAUAGGGUCCAAAGCUGACAGCGGCCAUUACAUCUGCGACGGCAUUCACAGGAGGCAGAAUAUGGACAUUAUAGACGACUCUUGGCUGAUGUACGACGAUGAACAUGUCAGCCAGACAACAGGAGAAGAGGUCUGCUUGUGGCGGGAGCGAAACGCUUUCCUGCUCUUCUAUGAAAAGCAACCCUUGAAGAGAUAAAAGGCCUACGGCCAGGGCUGCAAUGGACCUGGCAGCAGCAACUCCUGUAUUCUUUUAACACUAUUAAACUGCAUC